UAAGUGCUGUGGAAGCACGCAUACCCACCCUUUGCAGAGAAACAGAGGAAGACAGUCGAGACUGAUCAAUUGAGAAAUCAGAACCGAAUAAUCUCUGGGGCGGCGGCCAUUCGACUGACAGACAGUUGCGAUUAGCGCAAUGGCGGUGACAGAAGGUGAUGUUCAUAGACAAGAAGAGUACUUUGACGUCCUCACCAAAACCGGCCAGAAGACCGGCAUUUCCAAGCCCAGGGGAGAUGUUCAUCGAGACGGGGAUUACCAUCGAGCUGUUCAUGUGUGGAUUUUUGCUGAGAGUACACAAGAGCUGCUUAUCCAAAAGCGUUCCGACUGCAAGGAUUUGUGGGCGGGACGGUGGGAUAUCUCAAGUGCUGGACACAUAUCCGCUGGUGAUUCGUCACUUAUAACAGCUCGGAGGGAGCUUCAAGAAGAGCUGGGUAUAGUACUUCCAAAGGAUGCAUUUGAAAUGCUGUUCGUUUAUCUUGAAGAGUGUGUGACAAAUGAUGGAAAAUUCAUUAACAAUGAAUUCAAUGAUGUAUAUUUGGUAACAACUGUGAAUCCAAUCCCUCUCGACGCAUUUACUCUUCAGGAAACGGAAGUCUCUGCUGUUAAAUAUAUUUCUUAUGAGGACUACAGAAACUUACUUGCUAAAGAAGACCCUGAUUGCGUCCCCUACGACGGAAAUGGGCAAUAUGGUCAGCUUUUUGACAUAAUUGCACGGAGGUACAAGGAGAACACUAUCGGUCGAAGUUUAACACUACAAAAGCAACUCCAACGUUAUGCUCCUGUUUCCCUCAGUGCCGAGUUAACAGGUCUUACAGAGGCAGACAGGGAGGCCCUGGUGUUACUGAUUAAGGCUGCAGCAAUUAUAGAUCAAAUCUUUUACCUUCAGGUUUGGUGCUGUAAUCCGGUUCUAAGGGAUUGGUUGAAGAAGCAUGCGGAUGCAUCACAGUUAGACAAGUUGAAAUGGAUGUACUACGUUAUUAAUAAGAGUCCAUGGUCGUCCCUUGAUGAAAAUGAGGCAUUUUUGACAACUGCAGAUUCGGCUAUAAAGUUGCUUCCUGAAGCAACAAAACGGGUUACUGGGUGGAAGGGACUUGAAUACAAAGCUGCGUUUCCUAUGCAGAAACCUCCUGGCGCAAACUUGUAUCCGCCAGACAUGGACAAAGUGGAAUUUGAAUUGUGGAAGAAAAGUCUAACUGAGGACCAAAAACAAGCUGCAACAAGCUUUUUCACAGUUACUAAAAGGCAAAGCGAAUUAAGUCUGGAUUCAUCCUUGUAUGGCUGUACAGAUGAAAGCACAAGUCAUUCAGUGACAUCCACUCAUGAUCUAUAUAGUGUUCCUUUCUCCCAAGAGUAUAAUGCUUUCCUCACACAAGCAGCUGAGUUAUUGCAUAAAGCCGGUGAAUUGGCCAGUUCCCCUAGUUUGAAGAGAUUUUUUCACAGCAAGGCUGAUGCUUUCCUUUCAAAUGACUACUAUGACUCGGAUAUAGCCUGGAUGGAGUUGAACUCUAAGCUGGAUGUUACUAUUGGUCCAUAUGAAACAUAUGAAGAUGCUCUUUUUGGAUACAAGGCUACUUUUGAGGCAUUUAUUGGAGUUCGGGAUGACAAGGCAACUGCUCAAGUAAAGCUUUUUGGUGACAAUUUGCAGGUUUUGGAACAAAAUCUGCCACUGGACAGUGUCUACAAGUCCAAAGAUGUGAAAUCUGCUCCUAUUCGAGUCAUCGAUCUUAUUUACAAUGCCGGGGAUGUCAAGGGUCCUCAAACUGUUGCUUUUAAUCUACCAAAUGACGAGCGUAUUGUAAAAGAUCGAGGAACAUCAAUGGUCAUGCUUAAGAAUAUCUCAGAGGCCAAGUUCAAGCACAUUCUUCUGCCUAUAGCCGAUGUUUGUAUUAUCACAAAGGAACAACAGGAACUUGUAGAUUUUGAAUCUUUCUUCACUCACAUAAUGUGCCAUGAGUGCUGCCAUGGGAUUGGACCUCAUAGCAUUACACUUCCAGAUGGUAGAAAGUCAACAGUGAGAUUGGAACUGCAAGAACUCCACUCAGCUCUGGAAGAAGCAAAAGCUGAUAUAGUUGGCCUUUGGGCAUUGAAGUUCCUAAUCCACAAGGACAUGCUCCCAAAGAGUUUAUUGAAGUCUAUGUAUGUUUCUUUUCUUGCUGGGUGCUUCCGCUCCGUACGGUUUGGUCUUGAAAAAGCUCAUGGAAAAGGACAAGCGUUGCAAUUUAACUGGUUGUAUGAGGAAGGAGCCAUUAUUUUGAAUGCUGAUGAAACAUUUUCUGUUGACUUUACCAAGGUUGAAGGUGCAGUUGAGAACCUGAGUAGGCGAAUACUCACCAUACAAGCAAAAGGUGACAAGGAGGCUGCGAAUGUGCUGCUUCAGAAAUACGGCAUAAUGACGAACCCAAUAAAAGUUGCUAUGCAAAAAUUAGAGAAAAUUCAGGUCCCCGUGGAUAUAGUUCCCACAUUCCCGGUAAUAGAUAAAAUAUUGGAGCAAAGACAACAAAUGGAUCAUGAGACAGACAAGUGGCUUCGAUGACUUUUUUAUCUCGCAGUAAUCUGGUUGGGUGGUGCGAUAAUUCUCAUUGCUCUGCUCUAUGAACUCCUCUUGAGUUUGGGGACGCAUGGAUAAUAUACGGACUUG